CCCGUCUUACCAGGCUCAUGACUUUUGAGGGAGGUGGGGUAGGGGCUGCUCAGGUCUUGGGGAGGGGUGAAAAAAAGAAAGAAGAAGUCUGAGGAUUCUCUCUCUUUUUCUUUCCCCCCUUCUCUUUAAAUUUCUUUUUUAGAGAGACCUGCACCAUGCCGGCAUCUCAAAGUCGGGCCAGGGCGAGAGACAGGAACAAUGUCUUGAACAGGGCUGAGUUCAUGUCUCUGAACCAGCCCUUGAAAGGUGCCCAAGAGCCCAGGAGUGCUGGCCGGAGGCAGAACAGCCAGCCCGGCCCCACUCCUGCCCCAAACGAAGGUGCCAAGGAGCGGAGGCAAUCUCAGCAGCUGCCUGAGGAAGACUGCAUGCAACUGAACCCUUCCUUCAAAGGCAUCGCCUACAAUUCCCUCCUGGCCAUCGACAUCUCUCUCUCAAAGAGGCUUGGGGUGUGCGCCAGAAACGCCUCGUCCUGGGGCAAUGCCCGCUCCAUGAUCAACCUCAUCGGGAUCACCGGGCAUGGGAUCCCUUGGAUCGGCGGCACGCUGAUCUGUCUGGUGAAGAGCAGCACCCUGGCAGGCCAGGAGGUCCUCAUGAACCUACUUUUGGGUGAGUCCCUUUGCACUUUCCCCCUUCUUCCUUUCCUUUUGAGGCCUAUCUCCAGUGGUGCCCGGUGCCCAGUGGGAAUGGUGGGGCGGAAGGCAGGGAGCCCGAACAGUAGGUAGAGUCAUAGCCCAUGACGAGCAGAGCCAACUAAUUCUGGUUUGGUCCCCAUCCUCCUCCCCACUGCUGAGUUCUACAAAGGCAACCCUGAGACUAUAGAGGGGCAAGGUGACAGUCAGCGCUGCCUCCACCCCUGGACUGGUUGUGUGUAAGAAGACGGGCAGGAGGGGGCUUGCUGAGGGCAGGCUGAGGUUGGUGGAGCAGUGCCCCAUUUGGCCUGAUGGACUAGCCUGCGCCGCCCAUCGCCUCGCCAUGUGGCUUAGCUGGCUUUCUUCCUACCCUCACCUACAUUCCUUACCAUUCUUUGCUUUUGCUUUCUUGAGCAUCUCUUGAAGUCAUGGAAUAGGGAAGAUGGCUUUGGAUGAAGACCAACAUAUUGUCUUAAGGUGUGGUGUAGUGGUUAUUUGUAAGUCUACACCUUUGGAGGCCCAUGUGCAGAGCAACAAGUGUCUGGUUUUAGCCUCCUUCCAUUUCUCUUAAAAGAAUAUCAGUGUUGGUCUUUGCCCUUUCAUGGUGGCAGCAGAACAAAAGUAAAAUGACGUUCUGACAUAUAUUCUUAUUUGUUUGUUUUUUUGUGUUGUUGUUGUUUGACAUUGCAUAUAUAUCUCACCGGGAUGCGGGUGGUGCUGUGGGUUAAACCACAGAGCCUAGGGCUUGCCGAUCAAAAGGUUGGCGGUUCAAAUCGCUGCAACAGGGUGAGCUCCCGUUGCUCGGUCCCUGCUCCUGCCAACCUAGCAGUUCGAGAGCAUGCCAAAGUGCAGGGAGAUAAAUAGGUACUGCUCCAGCGGGAAGGUAAACAGCAUUUCUGUGUGCUGCUCUGAUUCGCCAGAAGCGGCUUAGUCAUGCUGGCCACAUGACCCGGAAGCUGUACGCCGGCUCCCUUGGCCAAUAAAGCGAGAUGAGCGCCGCAACCCCAGAGUCGGCCACGACUGGACCUAAUGGUGAGGGAUACCUUUACCUUUACCUUAUAUAUCUCACCAUUUUCCUCCAGGAGCCCAAGGUGGUAUACAUUGUCCCCCUCCCAUCAUUUAAUCUGCACAACAACCCUGUGAGGUGGACUAGGCUGAGAGGCAGUGACUGGCCCAAGGUGAACUUCAUGGCUACGUGGGGAUUUGAACCCUGGUCUCCCAAGUCUGGCACUCUAACCACUACACUACACUGGCUGGCUGAAAAGCCUAGAAAGCCAGAUUCUGUCAGGCUAAACCCACAACCCAACAGGUUAUGCCAAGUUCCCACUCAAAAUCUUGCCAAGUUCUUCUCAGAAUCGUCCCCCGGCCACCAUGUUCUUCCUCUUCUACUUCAUCUCCUUAAACCUCCCAUCCAUAUUCUCAGAUCUCAAUUCUGCAAUAUGGGUAUGAAUGAUUAUACUCAAUGCUAGUAUAAGCACAUACUUUGCAUAUGUUCCUAACUUUGGGGAAGGGGUCUAGCUCCAGAGGAUUUACAUCGCAUGAAGUCCGAGGUUCAAUCCUGACAUCUCCAGGUAGACACGCGGAUCUGAAAACCUCAAAAGAUGCUGCCAGUUAAGGUAGACAAUACAGUAGUACCUCGGGUUACAAACGCUUUGGGUUACGCAUUUUCAGGUUGAGGACCACGGGAAACCCGGAAGUACCAGAAAGGGUUACUUCCAGGUUUCGCUGCUCACGCAUGCGCAGAAGCACUAAAUCACGCUUCGUGCAUGCGCAGAAGUGCCAAAUCACAUCACGCACAUGCGCAGCUGCAGGCUGCGGACAUGCCUCCGUCAUGGAUUACGUAGAGGGAACCCCAAGGUCUGCAGAAUAUUUAUGGCGGGACACUAAGGGGAGGAAAACAAUACCCCUCUCAAAAUAACUGAACAAGAACUGAUUAUACUCAGUAGCCACAGAAUGCUGACCAACUAUGAAAAAGGGUGAGAGUGAGAAUGGAAUGGAGAGCCACAGAAAUGAGUACGGCUGGCUGGUACCUUGAAUUGGAACCUUCUCCUCUGCAACAUUUUGUUGUACCUGACAAGUUUCCAUUCUUCAGUGGCUGCCAGGGGUGCUAAAACUCCAUGGGUAGUGUACCUGAUAUGCAUGUCAAAGGUCCUACGCUCAAUUCUGAGGGCCUCCAGCUAAAACAAGGAAGUGAUAGAUGAUAAAGACCAACCUUACUGUUAACCACAUAUGGGUUUUUACUCUAGCUCCACCCUUCCUGGUUUCCAUGGCUUCAGAGGUCAUAUAUAACACCAUCUGUGAGUGUUUCAUGAGGAUAAUUGAAACAUCUUAGACCAGCCUUUCCCCCAAGCUGAUUAUCCUCCAGCCAUUUCGGACUACAGCUCCCGCCAGUCCCAGGCUCCACCUCUGAGCCAUAGGCUCCUCCCCUUUAGCCUCAAGAGUCUGAGCCACAGAAGGCCUAGCAAGCCCAUCUCAGUUAUCCUUUAAAUAGGGUAAACCAUACAGAGGUUAAAGGGAGUUCAGGGAUUAUCAUCCCAUUAGGCAUCUGGCUUCCCAUUUGGGCAUCUGGUUGGCCACUGUGAGAAGAGGAUGUUGAUUCCAAUGGGCCUUUGACCUGUUCUAGCAGCCAGGCUCUUAUUAUGUUAGUAUAAUAGUGUGUGAAAACAUGUUGUUGGGUUGUAUACAACUAAGUUCUGCUUAGAGUAGACCCAUUCAAAUUAAUGGAACUAAGUCAUGCCCAUUAUUUUCAAUGGGUUUAAAAUGAGUAGGACUAGCAAUGGCUAUAACCUAUUAUUAUUGUUGUUGUUGUUUUGUUGUUGUUGUUGUGUGUGUGUGUGUGUGUGUGUGUGUGCGUGUGAAGGUGCUCACCAAUACACCAUCACCUUUUCUUUUGCUACUCAUGGCAGCCAUUUUGGAUGGGCACCCACAGCACUUUUAACAAAAGUACCAGCACCUCAUUUCUAACCAUAAAAAAAAAUCAGUCCUCCUCCUUCUCUCUUCUUCAUCUUUGACCUUUCUUAGCACGCUUCAGUGAUGUCUCGAAAUAUCUCCAGAUAGGUCAUUCCACGUCAGUUCAACGCAGUCAUGCCACCCACCAUCUCGGAUUUUGAUGAAACUUGGUGUACACCCUUCCCUUAUGCAAUCAAAAGUUUCUGAUAGUGAAAAUUAUUGCAAAUAAUUUUUUUUUAGAUUGAUUUCACGAUAUAGCCAAUUUUCAUAGCUUUAAAUACUUCAAAACUGAAAAACAAGCCUGCACUUUUGGGGGGGAAACCCUGUAAUAACCAAUAUUAUUUUAGAUUUUAAGAGGAACAACAAAGCAAUGGAAGCUCACUCCAUCACAUGGAUUUGAACUUCCAACCUUCCGAUCAGCAAGCCCAAGAGGCUCAGUGGUUUACGCCACAGCGCCACCCACGUCCCUGCAUGUGUAGACCCAGCAUCAAACCUUGAAAUGGCUGGGCAUCUGCCGAAGGACCACACCGCAGGAAGAGGUGUGGCAAGAGCCACAUAGACCUGCUGCACUGAGGACUCUUUUACAAGAGCCCUGCAAAACCAGGAGACAACACAGCACAUUUGCCAAGUCUCAGAAUUUUGGAAGCCCUGUAGAAACAUUUCUAGCUGUAGUUAGUGUGCAUUAGCGUAGCUAAGGGCGUGUGGGAAGGGUGAUCCACAUUGGGUGGUAGGCUUACCCAGACGGCCCAACGCUCAACAUGGGACAUGGGUGGUACGCAGCCUGCACGCCCCCCAACCACCGCCUCCACUUGGCUGUGGCUGCCUUCCAGCGGGUCCAGCACUGCCAAAAAAAAGCUACACAGGGUGUAGCGCCAGGAGGGCACCCAGGAGGGAUGUGGUUGGCGUGCACUGGCCUGCAGGUUUCCCUCCCAAGUCCCAGUUGCCUGGACAGAGGUGGCAGCAGUGCCCUUGAUACCUGCUGGGCUGUGCCAGGUGGGUGGGCAUUGCCAAGAUGGAGCGAGACGAGGCGCCGCCAGGCCACAUGAGUGCAGUCACAAAAUCAGAAUGGUCCAGGGCUUGGCUCGCUCACCCCUCCCCCGUGGGUAGAUCAUCCCAUCCCCUUGGGUGGUGCGUGCACAUGUGCCCCCAUGAGCACCCAAACGGCUUGCUACACUGCUGUUAGUGUGGUGGACCAGAGGGAAGGGCUGCAGCUCAGUGACAGAGCAUCUGCUUUGCAUGCAGAAGGUCCCAUGUUCAAUCCCUAGCAUCUCAUGUUCAGAAUAUUGAGGACUCGGCUCUUGGUGGUUUUUUUAAUGAAGGACAAUAGCUCAGUGUUGGGGCAUCUGCUUUGCAUGCAGAAGGGCCCCAGGUUCAAUCCCUGCUAUCACCAAGUGGGCAUGGGAAAGUCCAUUGCCAGUCAGUGUGGACCAGGAGUAGCCAACAUGGUAUAUUCCAGGCAUUGUGGACUACAACUACCAUCAAUCCUAGCCAACAUAGCUAAUGUUCAGGGGUGGGAGGGAAUUGUAUUCCAAAACACACAGAGAGCAUGUUGGCUACUGUCCAGUGUGGACAGCCUUGCACUAGAUGGGUCAAUGAUCUGACUCAGAAUCAGUUCCUACAUUCUUAAAGCUCACUGGAUAACCCUGGGAUGAUCACCAUCUCUCAGCCUAACCUACCUCACAUAAGGUGGCCUGUUCUGCAUUGUCAAAAAAUGAGAAUUAGCACCACCAAAAAACAGAGGGCAAAGGGGGGUGGUGCCAAUUUGCUUCAAAUCUGCACAUGGUAAUUUAUAUGUGUAGGUGCAAAUCUAACAGCCCUCCAAAAUAGAGGAGAGCAAUGGCUAUCUCUAACCUCACAGGGUUGCUGUGAGAAUGACCUUUGCCAUGCAGCCCUCACCUGGGCUGCUGCCACCGCCCUCAACUUCUUAGGGCGGCAUAACUACCCUCUGCUGAUCUUAAUCUCCAGGGAUGGUAUGUAGGGUUGGUCUCCCAGAUAUUUGAGGCCUCAGUUGUUUAGGGCUUCAAGCACUAACUAAGCACCUUCACUUGAGCCUGAAAAUAAUCUGGCAACCAGUGCAACUGUUUUAUGAGGUAUAAAUGGAAGACCAGCCAGUAAGCUAACCACUGCAUUUUGGUCCAAUUGACAUUUCCAAGUUGUCUUCAGAUAAAGAAAUGAUAGGUAUCCUCUUGGGUUGGAUCUCAGGGUUAAAUUGGCAAAGGAAAGAAUGAGGGGGUUGAGUGCAUUCUGGUUGCUGUUGUGGGCUUGUCUCAAAAAACAGCACACCCACCAGCUUUUAUCAUGGCACUUUCAUAAUUAUUAUUGUUGUUGUUGUUGUUACUAUUUAAUUAGUAUGUGACGUAGUGCCAAAGUGGGCUUCUAAAUGAUUUACAAAGUAUAAAAGCUUGUAACACAAAGAUUAAAAUAUAAAUACUGUACUUGUAAUUGAAAUACACAAUGAAACAAUCCUGUUAAAAUAUAAUUAUAGACAUAAUGAAACUAUCCCAUUAAAACAACACAGCAUGUCAAAUGGGAGGCUCAAGUUCUGAUAUCCAGAGAAUGCCCCUGCAAAUAGGUGCAUCUUCAAAGCCCGCAGAAUGCCAAUAGUGAUAGGGCUUCUUGUAUUUCAGUGGGGAGUGUGUUCUGCAGCACAAUGGAAAAGCCAACAGCAGAAAAACCUGCUGUUGUGUUUCCAUAAGCAAAUAACUACCAGGCCUUGGCAAAACUAACCAGCUUCCAGUUGUAGUAUCGCUACGCUUAAGGGCGCAGAGCCUAAAAGGCGUAGCAUGGCUUGGGAUGCUGGGCCUGACCCUGGACACCAAAAGGCCGCCAUUGCAAUAGGUUUACCCUGACCUUUGGGGCCUCUCUGGUUCUUCUGAUGGUAAAUUGUUUUAGCUCAUUUCAAUAUUGUGUUUUUAUAUUGCUAUGAAAGGCAGGUAAGGAAUUCAAUAAUAAAACCAUAACAAGCAUGAUGUAGUUCAUGAUGUUGCAGAUUCCUCCCUGCAUUGCGGGCAUUUGAACAUGCGCUGAUUAGCCUAGCCACCCAUCUGCCGGUCAUCAGAUGCCAGGAUGGGUCAUAGGAUCCAUUGCACAACCAUUGCACAACUUCUUCUUUUUAAGAUGUAUUUUUAUUAAAGAUUUCUUGGUUUACAAAAGUAUGUGCAAUAUCUUUUUUUUUCCAAGUUGCAUUUUCUACAGAUCAGUUUCAUUUGUUGAGCCAUUAGUGUUACAUUAGGAAGAAACGAGGGAAAGAGGUGGAGGGGGGAAUGGUGAGUGGGGUUGGGGUUGGGUGGUGAUGUUUCUAUUUUACUUAAUGUAUGUGUGGGGUUUUGUCUCGGCAUUGCUGGUGCAGGUUCUCUUCGCUAUUCGCUUGUGUUCCUUUGGUUGUGAGAGAGGUUGGGUUUGGCCUAGGGUGUGGUUGUUUGUUUGUGAUUGGCUGUGGUGAACUUUGUUUUCAUGUUUGAGUGGGGUGGGUUAGCCAUAUUGAUUUGUAUGCUGUUGGUGGAUUCUUGUCGUUGUUUUGUUUGGCUGUGUAUGUGAUGAAGGGGAGCCAUACCGGGGUGAAGGCAACUUCUUCUAUUUGACCCUGUGUCAGUUUCAGUUUAUUGGUUAAUUUUUCUAGUAAGGCUGUUUCCCAUACUAUUUGGUACCAUUGUCCAUGCUUACUCCUGACAGGUCUCUCCAGUGUCUGGUUAUGAUGUUUCUGGCUGCUGAGAGUAGGGUGCACAACCCACUCUGAAGCUUUGACAGAGCAAAAUGGAUCCAUUCGCUGGCUCCAAAACACCGUAGAGCUGUUUCUGUGAUUAUAGCUUCAGAGUUAGGUCCUGACAUCAUCCCACGAGUGUGAAACAUUGCAUCAAAACUAACCCUGUAUAAGUUUCAAAAUCCAGGCCUUUCAACCUUAUUAUGCACAUGGGGGGGGGGGGCUGUUGUUCUGGUGCUUUGCCGCUUGCUUGUUGUCGUGGCAAUAUGGGCCAAUAUGACCUGCAAUGCAACCUGAUACAGAAGGUUUUGUGUAGCCACCUCCUUGCACCAGACAAGUGACUAUGACCUGGUUUGAACUCACUUUGCAGGGAGAAAUUUAUUGCUUUGUGUCCAUUGCAUUGCAGGCAAAUUGGAUGCUGAAUUUCCAGGAUUCAGGUGUGCCUGUAUUCAUGGGGGCUAGGUUACAUGGCCUGUGACGGGAUCUGGUGGGACACUGUUGCUUUGGGAAAUGAAAAGACAGAUUGUUUUAGCUUGUCCACUUUUGGAUUUUGACACACCAGGCAAAAUUUCUGAUGCAGUCACUGGGCUGAGAGCCAACCUCUGGCUCAGCCUUUGCAGCCAGGCUGUUGAAAAAAGGAUGGGAUUAGAGAAUGGCUGGAGAUAGCGUGCUCUCCCCACUCUCUCUCUCUUUCUCUCUUAUAUAUCCUCUGUUCUAGGGGGGAAUGUCAAUCAACCCAGUCUGAGUUGGAAGCCCCAUUAGCAGAAGAUACGAGCAUGUUCUCUUUCUUUCUCAUCUCCCCUAUGUUGGUGGAGUGGUAGUCAACCUAAUCUAAGGAGGCUAACCUACUGACCAUUAGCUUAGUAGGUAGCCCAACACAAGUUUCAUUGGCUGCGUUAAAACAUAACAAGCCAGACUUGCUUAUUGCUGCUCCAAGCCACAGUCACUAGCUAACCUUCUUAACCUGUGAUUUGUUGUCGGCUUGCUGACUGCAAGAAACAACUAACCACACUCCGUAGGUCAGAUGUUACAGCAAGGCAUUGUUUCUUGGCUUAUUAAUUCCACCAGCAGCAAAAUCUCAGGUAAAAAAACCACAGGGCUUUAACUAACUAAAUUCUACUCAAAGUAAGCCCAUUGAAAUUAAUAGGCCUAAGUUAAUCAUGAUUAUACAUUUCAAUAGGACUAUGGGAUAAGAUGUUGGAUAAAACCCAUAAGUUCAAAAAAUAGGCACAGUGCAGUAUGAUCCAGUGUGGUGUAGUGGUUAGAGACUAGAGCCUGGGAACGAACAGGGUUUGAAUCCCCACUUUGCCAUAAAGCUCACUGGGUUACCUUGGGCCAGUCCCUGCCGCUGAUGCUAACCUACCUCACAGGGUUUUUGUGGGGAUCAAAUGAGGAGGAGGAGACCCAUGUAUGAAAGGUGGAAUAUAAAAGCAGUGAAUGAAUGAUAAAUAAAUAAAUUUGCCUGCUAGAGUGGUGCUUGUUAUGGGGAUAAUGUUCUGCUCAGAGUUAGACCCAUCAAUGAAUCUGUCAGUAAUUGCCAUUAUUUUCAAUGGGGCUACUGUUAAUAGAAUGAGGAUUGUAUACAGCCCGUAGUUUCUAGGUUACUUUUUAUACACUGAAAAGCAGAAGAGAUUUGUGCCACCUGUGUCUUCAUGACUUUACCAGCCAUUGCAGCAUUUGCCACCCUCAUUUCAGAACAGUAACAACCAACACAUUUUAGGAAAAGGCCGAUGAGAGGCAAGGGUAAUGAAUGGUCUAGAAUAAAUGUGAGUGAUACACAUCCAGCAUUAAACUGUUCCACGCAUCUUUAUGACUGCAUUUCAAUAGCAAUUUCCAUAACACUUUUAUUUUAUGUGUGCCUAAGCAUGUGUGCUCUCUGUUGGCAGUUGGGACACUGUACAUAAAAACUCAAUAAUUCUCAAGUAUCAGAAAUCAAUUUCAGAAUAAUUAUUUCACACAGCUCUCUUCCUCUAUGGUGAUAACAUAAAUUCUUCUGCAGCAAGAUGUUGGUAAAUAUACUGUGUGAUAUUACACACAGAAUUAUGGAAGGGAGCUUCUGAGAUGGUCAGUGAUGUGCAUUCAUGUUUCAUCCUUGGCUCCUUCAUUGUUAGAUUUAUAAACGCAAGGAGGAAGAUGUGCUUAAUACCAGGCAACACUACACACACACACACACACACACACACACACACACACUCUCUUUCUGGGCUUCGCUUGACCUGCUGUGAUCUCGGUAGGUGUGCAGUGAUGUGGGAUAAAUUCCAAAUGUUGUGCAGGCUGAAGAAGAGGCAGGCAGGGGCUGAGAGAGGGAAUGCUUCCUCUUCUUCUCUUGGAAUAUGACGUCCCAACUCCUCACAGCCUCGGGAUGUGAAUGAGAGUAUCUAUUGCCAUCAAAGAUCACACCACGAAUCUCACUCUUUUCUGUUCUCCUUGGAAGCUGCGGUAAACACCUCGCCCCAAGUCCAGGAGAUGAUGCAGGCUGCUUACAUUCUCUCUCUCUCUCUCUCUCUCUCUCUCUCUCUCUCUCCUGUCUCAUCUGAUGUAUUAAAUGCACUGACAAAGAGUAAACUGUGUCUGACUGGCACUGUCUUUGUAUAAAUAGGAGGAGCUCCUAUUUUACUGCCACUGUAACUUGCACUUAGGGAGGGAUGAAUCUGUCAAUUUCAGUUUGUCAUUUUUUCCAGUCUUAAAUACAGUUAAUAGAGUUCUUUAGGCUGCAUUUUCUGAUUUUUAAACAUAUAUUUUAAGAAAUCCCCAUGAAAAUUCAUCACCAUUCUUGUGCAAGUUUUAUCAAUUAAUCACAUGUUUGCAGGCAAAUAUAUGCAUUUUUGCAAGCAAUUUCCUCAGCGUAAUGCACUUCUUAAAAAGCUACUUGCGCUGAUAUAUGCAUUUUGAUGCACAUUUCCCACUAAUGUGUGCAUUUUUGUACACACUGCUUGGGUGGAGAACUGCACCACUAAAUUCAGAGAAGUGCAAAUUUCAAAGGGCAGCCAUGUUUCACUUCACACAUUGGUUGGCAAAGUGUGAAUUAAGUCAUUUCUCAUUAAAAUGCAAACAAAAUAAAAUCUCUCCACUAUCCCUACUUGUAGCAUAAUAAUGUUUAAUCACCACCACUGCCAUCAUUCAAGACUCACAAUUCACAACUUUGCUUGUGUCUAUUUGCAAUUCUUUCUCUCACUCGCAUCCAACCAUUUGCACUGUUUUGCACAUCCACUGUUUCACAUGGACUGUUCACUCAACAGCUUAAGAGCUGACUUGUCAUCCUAUUGUUUCCUUUCCGUAUCUGCUCUUUCUGUCUCCUUGGCAUUUUGUGUGUCCCUAUGUUGAAAAUAACUUUUGAGCAGGUGGAGUGUUUGCAGACAUACCAUAGCAGGCUCAGGCACUGGCUAGAGGGUUUGGUUCAAUCAGCUGAAGCCAGAGAUCUUGUAAGGCACAGCUGGUACGGCAUCUACUUUGCAUGCACAAGAUCCCAGAUUCAGUCCUAGCAUCUCUGGAUAGAACUGAGAGUGUCACCUGCCUGAAACCUUGGAGAGCAGCCAGUGUAGCAAUACUGAGCUAGAUAGAACAAGUGGUCUCACUUAGUAUAAGACAGCUUCCUAGAUUGGUAUUAUUGUUGUUAUUGCUACAGGCAGCAACCAUUUUGCAUGGGGGUUCCGUUCCUGGGGGACGUGGGUGGCGCUGUGGUCUAAACCACUGAGCCUUGGGCCUGCCGAUCAGAAGGUCAGCGGUUCGAAUCCCUGCGGCGGGGUGAGCUUCCAUUGCUCAGUCCCAGCUCCUGCCAACCUAGCAGUUCGAAAGCAUGCCAAAAAAAAAAAAAAAGUGCAAGUAGAUUAACAGGUACCGCUCUGGCGGGAAGGUAAACAGCAUUUCUGUGCACUGCUCUGGUGUCAGUGUUCCGUUACGCCAGAAGCGGCUUAGUCAUGCUGGCCACAUGACCCAGAAAAACUGUCUGUGGAGUGGACAAACGCCGGCUCCCUUGGCCUGUAAAGCGAGAUGAGCGCCUCAACCCCAGAGUCAUUCGCGACUGGACUUAACUGUCAGGGGUCCCUUUACCUUUCUUCCAUUCCUAGACUUCACAUACAUCAGCAGAGCACAAAUAACACCCGCCCCCAUUCCACCCAUUUCCGGGUCCAAAAGGAACCCAACGGUCAGCAGUCGUGUGUCAGCUGGACAUGUGCAAAACGGUCGCUGUCUGUAAUUUUGUUUCUCUUGUCAAGGCUAACUUGAUUAUUGUUUUGCUUUGGCUUUUAGGAAAUAUGCAAACCAAUUUUGGGGGUGGGAAAGGGAAAUCUGUGUGUUCUGUUCUUUACUUUAAUAACUGAUAGGUAGGUGCCUCUGCAAACAUAGUUUUCCCCUAAACUGCUUGGGACCAGGUUGUGUGAAGAACCACCUGCAGCACUCUGAGCCUGCCUGGCCUUUAAGACUGGCCACUGGUAAGAUCCAUCAGGCAGGGACGUUUCAGUGGUCAUUCUGUUUUUGUGGAACUCCUUCCAUGGGAAACAUGCUUGGCUUCCUCACUGACUGAUUUUACAUGGACUGCACUUCUGAUUUUGUGUUGUGAACCUCUCAAGAACCUGAAAGGCAGUUUUAACAUUUCUGAAAGAAAUUAUUAUCCUUAGCCACCUUGCUGCUUUAUCACAAGAGGUUGCCUAGUGACCACUAUAGGCCUACUAGCCUGUCCCCCCAAGUGACUGGAAUUUUGAGGCCUAGCAACCAUUGUAGGUCCAUCAACUGCUGUAUCAAAUGGCUGAAAUACUGAGGUCAUACCAGUUGCCUAGUGACUAUUAUAGACCCACCAGCCUGUCCUCCAACCCAAAGUAUCAAGGUGGUCAUAGCAUCAUAGCAGUAUAGAAUUGUAGAGUUGGAAGGGACCCCAAGAGUCAACUGGGCCAACCCCUUGCAAUCCAGGAAUCUGUAAUGCAAUAGAUGGUGAAAAUAUGUGUCAAAAACUAGAUCCUGGACCAAUGACCAUUUAGUGCAGUGGCUCAUAGAGUCUGGUAGUGAGAGCUGUGAGGCAGGCGAGGAAGUGACUGGUUAAGAUUUAACUUCAGCUGUGAAUUCAGGAAAUUUUAGGCCAGGGCUGGAAAACCUUUAGCCCUCCACAUGUUGCUGGACCACAGUUCUCAUAAUCUCUAACCAUUGGUUGUGCUGGCUGGUGCUGAUGGGAAUUGGAAUCCAACAACACCUGGAGAGCCACAGAUUCCCCAGAUCUGCUUUAUGCCCCAUUUGCAAAAUUGGUUAAUAACACAGAUCUACCAUAGGGGUCCCUUUACCUUUUUACCAUGCAGGGUUGUCAUAAAAGUGACAGAUCAUUGUAUGCAAAGCACUUUGAAUGCUCAGAAAACAGCAUAGAAAUGCCUUCACAUGGGAGGUAUGUGUCAUGUUCGCCAAAAUCAGGGCAUCAAAGGUCAGUAGUUAUUUUCAGUACCGAAUUACCAGAGCCAGCCUCAGCAGCUGGUACCCUUGUGCAGCUACUAGCGCCUAAGUGCCUUGGUAGGACUCGGGUGUGACACUCGGCAGUCCCACUCCCAUAGUGCUUUGGCCCUCCAGAUGUUACUAAACAAAAACUCAUUAGCCCAGCAAGCAUGGCCAGUGGUUGGGGAUGAGGGAGUUGUCUUUCAGCAACAUCUGGAGAACUAAAGGUUCCCCAUGAUAGCAAAGUCACUUAAAUAAGGUUGAAGGAGUCCAGAGAGAAAAGUCUUGACAAUACCUUACUGAGGAAAUUGAGCAGGGGUGGGGGAACCAGGGGUGUUUUGUCCUUCUUACUUCAGGCUUUGAAAUAACAGGGCAAUGUACAAGCAUACAGAAGUAAAACUCCAUUGGAACCACACAGCCAGGCAAAGCACAAUGCUACCUUAAUGAAGAUCAUCCCACUCUGCAGGGUUACUAAUCAAUACCCCCACCUGUCUUCCUCUUCACUAGUUUUCUUUAAUAUCAGCAGAGUUAACCCCUUGGUGAAUGAUCUCUGCUGCGGGACUUCCAAUGCCCCACAGGUGCUCUCAAGAGAUUAUUUGUUGGCGCAUUGUGGGUCAUUAAAAUGCUGGGUGGUUCACCUGCCACCGAGUGGGAUGCUGCUGCCUGCCACUACAGUUAAGCCCACCUUGGUGUACAGUGGCAUGAGGGGCACACCAGAUGGCACACUGCCUGUGCAGGAAGCUCCAAGCCAGAGCCAGUGCUGUGAAAGAUUACAGGGAACGGCUGCACCUCCACUUCCUUCCGCAGCCCCCUUUUCCAUUUAUAUUUCCACCCUGGUGUGAAAUGUGAUUUGCCUUAAUAGCAACCCUUCCAGGCAGAACUUAGCAGGUAUGAACGAUGGCACGCCAGCUGAAUCCCGAACGGAGUGUGGAUAAAUGUUUCUGUGAUUCAGCAGAGCUAUUGGUGCCGUCAGCACUUAAAAGCAUCUCCUGCGGGGGGGGGGGGGUUUGAGUAUAGUUGAAGUCCCACCUCCAGUUUGUGACCUUGGCAAGGUACCCCUGCAGGGAAUGGGGGGACAGACAGAAACCACCCCCCACCGAGAGUGGUUUUGCAGCUGCAAGGAAGAGACUUCACCCGAGGGGGAACCCGUACGCAUCUAUAGCCUGCCUGGCCCUAAUGUGACUUGACAGAAACAUGAGCUGAGAGAAGAAAGGAAGAAUGGAGAGAGGAGAAUUCAGGAUAUUUCUUGAAAGCUGCUGAAGAACUAGGUUUUUGGGUGCGGGGCAGGGGUGUCAAGGAGAACAAGUCUAAAAAAAACUUUUUUUCUUUUCUUUUUUGCUGAGAGAGAGAACUGGAUGCCAGGGUUAAAUGCUAAAAAUGGAACUUGGGGGACCUGGUCUACACAGUGCUCCCAAAAAUAUUGUGGUCUCAUACUCUUAAGGCUUGAAACAUGUCUUGGUCUCAUGGCAGACACACCAUGUACCUUCUAAGAGCACAUAAUCAACACUACAUAGGAAUUCAUUGAUGGAGGCCAGCUAAAAGGCAAAUAUACUGAUGGAGAAUAGCUAAAUGGAGCUUCCAUGUUCAGGCACAGUAUACCUGAAGGACCAGAGGCUUUCAGUAACCAUCAGAGUAGCUUAGUUCUUUCUCGCUCUACUUCUGGGGUGGGGAAAUUUUUUUGCUUUGAAGGCCGGGUCCUUAUCAGCAUUGGCCUUGCAGUUCAAAUUUGACAGGUAGAUGGGAUGGCCCACUUGUCAGUCACACAGUGUCAUUAAGAAACCAUGAGAUUAACAGGCGGGCCGUCCCAUCCGCUUCUCAAAAUCCUUUUCACAGGGUCCCAAGCCUGUGUACUUCCUAGAGGCAUUGAAAUGGCUACGUCUGGUUUGCCACAGUGAGAACAGGAUGUUGGACCAGAUGGGCGCCUGGCCUCAUCCAGCAGGGCUUGUCUUACAUUCUUGUGCUGCUGGGGAGAAAAUUCUGUGCUUGGUCUGAUCCAGCAUGGCAGCACCUGCAUAGUUACGAAAAUGUCCCUUUUCUAGUGAGCUGUGCUGAAUUGCUUAUUCUACAACGUCAGAGCAGUUACCUAAUGCAGCAGGCUUGGUUUGUUCAUCAAUCAUUGUCCAUCUCUAGGGAACUCUGCAACUACUCUCUGUCUUCCUCUGCAUUCUAAAGACCUUGCUGCUGAUUGCCAACUUAUUAUUUUUUAUUGGGCUAUGCUCCUCUGUCUUUAAUAGCAGCAUGGCAUGCCAGAAAAUUAAGGAGACGAAGCUUUUCCUGUAUAGAGAAUGAAGUCUGGGAAGAGAUUCAGUUGCUCGAUUUGUAUUUGCUGGGCAACUUUCAAAGGCAGAGGAGCAGGGCCCAGGGGGAAAAGCUGGCCACCAACCUUCUAUCUAUUAAUGUGUAGGGCUGAAAGCAGAGCUGGGGGAAAUUCAGCCCUUGGGGCCAAAUGCAGCUCUCCAGGCCUCUCCAUCUGCACCUCGGGACUAACCCAGGUUACAUCUCCUCAGCCACAAACCCUCUCCCGAAACCACAUCCCCCACCAGAUCUGCUCUGCAACCUCCUUGUUACAACUAAUUCUAUUUCCACUCCUGUUACUUUACAAUUUAUUCCUUGAAUAUGUAAGGAAAGAUGUUGGAAGAGAGUCAACGGGAGGCUACUCUCUCAGGAUGUUCCCAAACUGGCACUAAUAUAAUAAAAUGCUAAGCAGAAGAUCAGCAUCCCUGUGUAAGAUCUCUUUCCACCACUCACCCUCCUGAUGAGCUUUGUCUCUCCAGAACAGCUGCAAAGUUGCUGCGUUUCGCAGCAAUCUGGGAAGAAGCCACACUAAAGUAAUUGGUUCAGAGAUACAAAUUGCCUUUGCUCACAAGGGCACAGUGUGCAAAAAGAAUGGAGGGUCUUGGGUCAGCCAGCCAUUUUACUCGUUAGUCCUAAUCAUCUUGGACAGAGGAGUCUAACAUAUCUUAUACUUCUCAUCUCUUCCUUGACCCCAUACCUCAUAAUCUUUUUUUGAUGAUUUAGCUUAUGAGGCAGUUUAUACCCACUCACACACUUUAGCCCCCAUAUCUGUUAAAUAUUGUGGAAAGCUGUCUGUAUGCUGUGCAAUCUAGGCACCUCUUAAGAUAUCAUAACCACAUUUUCUGUGACGUUUCCUGAGAUCAAGGAGCAGGUUUUUGUCUAUGUUUGGAUAUGAUUGGAUGCCAUCAUGAAUCAAGAUGGUGGACUGAAACUUUCAAAACAGCACUGAUCUUAACCAAAUAUUGCAUUACAGUCCUUGAAAUCAAGGAGCAGGUUUUCGUUUAUAUUUGGAUACAAAUGCACACCAUUUUGAAUCAAGGCGGGUGGCCAACAGGUUUUCAAAACUAAUGUUUGGUUUCUUACCAUUCCCAAGCAACUCCAUGGACUAGGCUACUAAUACCUAUGGGCAUGACCUCUUGUUUAAAUAAUAGCCCUUUUUUCCCUACUGUGAAAUGUGUGUCUAUGGUCACCUCCAGGUGAUCUCUUUAUUGGGUAUUCAUCUUGAUUUGUUUCCACAAUGUUUGUGGGGAGGUUAGAUGACACUGGCUGUUUACUGAGCAUUUAUUUAUUUAGAGCACUUAUACCCUGCUCUUCAGCCAAAAACGCCCCCUAGAGUAGCUUACGUAAAAUUAAUUAAAGCAGGACAGUGCCUGAUGGACCUGGGCUUUCGGCAAAGAAUGAACCCUGCUUCCUAUCUCUCCCAGUCAGGCAGAUAGCAUUCAUUCUAAUUUGUCUGCGGGGAGUUUAUACUGUGUUGUGUUGUUAUCCCACAUAUUCCAAUGCAUUUCCCCUUCACUUUCCUUAUCACAAAAAGUCCAAUCUGGGGAUGGAAUGCCAAGUCAACUUUAAUUGCACAACUUGGACCUGCCGAAAUGUGACUGACUCCCAUCUGAAAAUAGCAGUCGCCUGGAAGUGUGCACUCUCUCACAAUCUCAAUCUCUCCCUCUAUCAUGCAUCCAGACGGCUGACUUCUAUUUUUAUGAAAUCAUUGUUCCACCGUAUGCUGCAUGGGGAAUUAUAGUUAACCUUUUGAAUUUUAAGGGUGUGGGGGGUAUAGGAAAGAGGAAGAAAUCUGAAUUAGUUAAAGGCAAGCUUAACUAAUUCUCACUUUCCAAAAUAAUGCACAAACUGAUGUGCAGCCACUGUUUGAAAUUUGCACUUCCCCAAGUUUUGCAAUGCAGUCUUCCAGCCAAGUAACACAUACAAAUAUGGAUUUACUGGGAUAAAGUGUGCAUAUAAAUGCAUAUGUUAGUGAAACUAGUCUACAAAGGUUAUAUUACUGGAAAUUUAUUUUCAAAAAUGUAUGUGGCUGGUUAAAAUGCAUACGAAAAUGUGUUUAUUAGGGUAAAUUCACUAAAAUGUGGAUGAAUUUUCAUAAGGACUUUAUUUCCCCCCUCUCCUGCAAAUUAACAUAGUAAUAUGGAGAACUGAACUGGAAAAAAAUGAGAAGCUGCGAGAAACCAAAACAAGCAUGUUUGAAAUUGACAUAUAGCUCCUUUUGUGUGUGUUCAUUUUUUAGUGUUUCAGUCACACUAGUGGGCACAACACAGCUGUGUGGGUGGGAAAGAGAUGGUGCAUCUGAGCAUGCCGUUUAAAAAUAGCAACACUAUCAUCUAUCAUUGUAGUCCAUUUUUAAAAAAUACACAAAAGCCCUUUUUAAACUUAGGCACUGCUGUCUGAUGUUAUCAGUAGAGGUGUGCUCAAGGGCCUGUGCGUCGAUACAGCCACCCACCUAGCGUGUCAUUGCACACAUCAAACCCAUGCCUCUUACAAAGACAGAAGAAGAGUGCCAGGGAAGCCUUCAGCCUGCCUGGUCCCCUCUAGAUGUUUCAGUCUACAAUUCCCAUCAGCUCCAGCUGCAUUAAGAUGAUCUACACCUGCAGAGAUGGUUCUGCUUUUCUGCUCUACCACCAAGCAGCCAAUUAACAUUCGUAUUUUACAGAUGAGAAGCACUGAGACUUAGAGAUUUUGCGUGCGCACACACACACACACACCCCAAAAUUGCUAGAAAUUUUACUUGCCAUUGUUAAAACUACUGGGAAUCAGGAACACGUACUGAUCUCCUGCAGCAAAUCGCAUAGGGUAGAACUCAAAUCUAGCUCCUGCAUACUCCCACCCAUUUUUAUUAGGAAAGCAGAAAGGUGCCUUGCAGCCAGCAAGUUAAUCCAUUGCCCCAUCUAGCUCAUUAUCCUCUCCAACGAGUAGCAUAGUUCUCCAGUGGCUUAGACAGGAGGUUUUGCCUGUCCUAUCUGGAGAUAGCAUAGAAUUCAUCCUGGGACUUUCUGCGCUCUGACACCGAGUUGCGUUCUGUCACCUUCAACAACUGGGGCAGGGAGGAGGAAGAUUAUUACCCCAUGGGAUUCAAAAGCAACGCAGACAGUGUCUGGCCCUGGAAUAUCCCAGUGGCUCACAGUGACCCUGCCCUAUAGCUGAAGCGAUUGGGGCAUGCAGUCCAGGCAGCCGAAGCCUUGGUUGUUGGUAUGUAGGCCACAUAAGGAAACUUGAGCCUUUACUCACAGAGUGACGGCACCAAUUGUAUCUAUUUCUGAAGGCCUUGUGCCCCUGACAGGCCCGAUUUGCUGUUGCCGCUGAACCUUCCCAGCGAUUUGAUGAAACAGGCACUCCAGCUGAUUAGAAACACCAGAACGUUUAUGCCCCUGAACGAUGUGCCAUGACACAGGCUAAUUGGAGGUGAAAGAAGAGUGCCCAAGGUUACUCUAGUGGGUCUGUGGUGAAUGUGAGACUCUUUGUGUGGGCAUAGGUCUCUUGAAGGCCUUAAGUAUAGAGAGCCUGUGUGGAAUAGGGAGCAGAGCAAGUGUUUCCAGCCUUUUGGGCCUAGGGCUAUGUUUGGAAGCUCAGGGAACUCCCCCAGGCACCACAAAAUACCCAUUUCACAGAAAGAGAAACAAAGAUGCUCAGAACCCCAACUUCCUCCGAAAAAACAGGAAAAACAUCUACACAGUACAUUCACACCCAUACAAGUCAAAUCAUUUCUGUUUUUAAAAAAUGUGAUGGGCAUGGGGCUUUUGUGGGCACCAAGGACAUGUCUGAGGGCACAAUAGGGUCCCCAGGUGCUACACCGGGGGUCCCAAGAGCUAGAAUGUCAAACUAAGACAGUGGGUGCCAGGGUUCAAAUCCCCACUCAGCCAUGUCACUCACUGGGCGACCUGGAGUCAGCUUCUGUAUUCCUCAGCCUACCUUACUUCAGCACAAACUUUAGGAAUUACUGGUCUACAUUGUCUAAACAGACCUUUGGCAACCAUCUUCCAAAGCCAAGCUACCUUUUGAUUGACUGUCAUUAUCUUGUCAUCGCUCCGCAACAAUAUUUGACAGGUGCAUGUGUUUUCUCUCUUAUAUAAUUCUGUUUAUAUCCCACUUUUCCUUCAAAGUGGGCUUUUGCCAACAUGGCAUGCAUGAUCUCCUCAUCUGUUAUACUCUCAACGACAUUGUGAUGUAAAUCCAACUGAAAAAUAGUGGUUGGCCCAAAGGCACCCAGUGAGCUUCAUGGCUGAAUGGAGUUUUGAACCUGGGUCCCAGUGCUAUCAUGGCACUAUGUAAAAACUAAGCCCUACUUACACACUCAAAAAGUAAACAUUUUCAUGGUGUAAGUAUGCCUUUCAGAUACACACACACACUUCAGCUGGAAGUCUGAGAGCGUUGCUUUAAAUGUUUCAAGUGAACAAAAUACUAAUCAGAGGAGGCUGCUUGUUAUUUGAUGGUUACUAAUGGUGGGUGAAUCUCAUGUUCCCACUUUUAUGUUCAGUUUGCCGCAUUUCUGAAGCAAUCUGUGGAUUACUAUUUUUAAGUCACAAAAAUUCACCAGCAUUUUAGUAGUCAUUGCUCCUAAUAGACACAUUUUGUAUGCAUUUUUGCAAGCAAUUUCCCCUAAUGCAAUGCAUUUUCAUAUGUUAUUUUCACUAAUAUAUGCAUUUUUAUGUACAAUGCUGUUUGCUUUUUGGUCAAAGAACCACAUUGCAACAAUCUGGAGAACUUCAAAUUUGAAAGGAUAUUUGUGUUUUGGUUUACAUAUUAUUUGAGGCAAAUUACAUAGGUUUGCAUUAAAACGUGAACAUUUUUUGUUAGCCUUUAUUUUUCAGUUUAGGGAAAUGCUUGUAGCAAAGCAUCACCAUCUACCCCCUCACCCACCAAGAAACACUUCAUGCAUAUGCAGUGUGAAUUAUAGUAAAAUAUUAAGCAGGUUUGGAUAACACUUUUGUUUUCAUUAUACUGUACCAGUUAUGCGCCUUAACUGCCUUAACAGGUUCCCAGAGUGAACUGUGGGUAACCAGUGGUUAAAGGGUUACGCUGUGUUUUCUCGAAUGUAUUUAAUAAACAUGUACCAUACAGUUUCAAAAUUGCCUUCUGUCUUCCGUGUCUCUUAGUGCAUUAAAAUGUGAAAUGAAAUGAAUUUCUACCCUAAUGGUUACCACUUCAGAUAAUUAUUUUAACCUUUUGCCUCAGACAGCUCGUCUCUCUAAUUCUCUGCCUUGUUUUCUCUCUCUUCUGCUCCAGCCUUAUUUCUGGACAUCAUCAUUGUGGCUGGCUUACAGAAGAUGGCCAAGCGAAAGGGCCCGUAUGACGUAAGCCCAGGCUUGUUGGACUACUUGACCAUGGACGUCUAUGCUUUUCCAGCAGGACACGCCAGCCGAGCUGCCAUGGUAUCCAAGUUCUUCCUCAACCAUCUGGUCUUAGCUGUACCGCUCCGGAUCUUAAUUGUGAUCUGGGCCUUCUUGGUGGGACUUUCCCGGAUCAUGGUUGGGCGGCACCAUGUCACCGACGUCCUUUCUGGAUUCGCAUUUGGCUAUUUGCAGUUUAGGCUGGUGGAGGUGAUGUGGAUGUCUUCUAAUACUUGCCAGAUGUUGAUCUCCAUGUGGUGAAACAGCAGCAACGCACUGUCUUUUCCCCCUUAUUUUUACAUAAUGAAGACUUGAAUACACUUUUUAAAAAGUGAAGGAUUUCGAAAACGAAACACGGUACACAAACCUCCACAUGCUGGGAAUGAGUAUCAACUUCCACCAGGGUGGUGAAGACCUGGUUGCAUCUAUUAUAGCACAAUGUCUUGGGAUGAUUUCUUGCCGGUUGUGCUGCCAAGACCCACUGCUACAUUUUGCCAUGUUUUCUUGACUCCCAAGUGGAUGGAAAAUUAAUUUGGUCGUAGGGAGAGAACACAAUUACAUUCUGUUGCUGUUUGUUUGUUUAGAUGGCACGCUCUUGACACUGUUGGAAUGCCUACCCCUUGUUGUUGAAUGUGGUUGUGCAUUGAUUUUCUUUCGUGGAGGCCAGGAAAUUUGAUGUGAAGUGAAUUAUAAGGUUGCAAUCUGGAGCUCUAUGAUUCAGUCCCUAAGUCAUACUCAGGGUAGGCCCACUAAAAUCAAUUGACUUAAGGUCCUCAUCUACACUAAGCAUUUUAAAGAAGGACCGUGCCCGCCAUGGCUUACCCCUAUAAAUCCUGGAAAUGUAGUUUGUUACAGUGCUGAGAGUUGUUAGGAAACCUUUGUUGCCUUCAUAGAACUUCAGUUCCCAGAGCUCGCUGCGAAGAGGGAUGGACUGUUUAACCACCCUGGGAAAUGUGGCUCUGUGAGGGGAAUAGGGGUCUCCUGACAACUUGCAGCGGCUUUAACAAACCACAUAAUUCUUUAGGGGAAGCCAUGACUUUUUAAAAUGGCAUGACACUGUUUUAAAUGUAUGCAACUUCAUCACAUCCAGCAAUUUCAAUGGGUCUACUCUGAGUAGGGCUAACACCAGCUAUCUCUUAAAAUUCCUUAAAGCAGCAAGAUCUGAGGGCAUUUAUUUGCUCCUGUUGCUGUAAUUAGCAUGAUUCUAAUUUUUUCUGCUCAGCAGACUACAGAUGGGUGACACUAGGGUGGCUACUUAACAUAACACCGAAGAAAAGAGGACACAGAUUCACAUGAAAUUUGCAUGUACCACUUCAUAUGUAUGCAUGCAAAUAUAGUGAAUAUGGUUAUAAUUUAAAUAGAAAUACACAGACAGAGACUAGGUGACCUGCUUGUCUCAGGGCUAGCCAUUGAUGGAUGGCUUCAAGGUGCUGGCCAGGAUGAUGGGAGUUGUAGUCCAAAACAUGUGGAUGGCACCAGCUUGGUGAAGAGUGAAGUAAGUUAGUGCUGAGUGAAACCAUGUCUGCCUUACUUCUUGCUGCCUUGAGCAAUUUAAACCUAUGGUCCAGAAUCCCAGAUUGCAACUGUCACUCUCCCACCCUCUGCUGCAGUGAAUUCCAAUUCUAUUUGGGUUACUUGCAUCCAUUGUCCCUCAUGCAAGCCAGGCACAGAGCCAGAAAUUAACAAAUAAUAAAGGAUAUGUCAAGUUUGGCAAUGGGUUUCUUCCCCCCUUAAUUCAAUUAAGUAUUUAAAGUCUUCUAAGGAGGAACCAUUAGGAUGGUGGAUGCAUCAGUGGUGGAACAUCUGCUUUGCAUGCAGAAGGUCCCAGGUUCAGUCCCCAGUGGCAUCUCCAGGUAGGGGUGGGGGAGACUUCUGCCUGAAACCCUGGAGAGCCUCUGCCAGUCAGCACAGGCAAUACUGAACAAGAUGGGCCAUUGGUCUGACUCAGGAGAAGGCAGCAUCCUUUGUUUCCAGGUUGGUGUUGCAGGAUUGAGACCUAGUGCAACCCAGAAUGGGGUGAGAAUGCAUUUUAAAGACAAGGCGGAUGUCACAUCCCAGAAUCUACAGGCCAAAAGGGAGAGGGAGUUAGCAGACCCACCAAGCGCCCCUACUUUCCAGGGACAUCCCUGAUUGAGAGAAGCCGUCCCAGAAUGUCCCGCUUUUCCUUAGGACAUCCCUAUUUUCAUUGGAAAAAUGUUGGAGGGUAUGGAGUUAUCCAGUUCCCCAAGCCAUCUGAAGGCAAUCCUGUUUAGGGAAGUUUUUUAAAAAAAUAUUUCAUGUUUUAUUGUGUUUUUAUAUACAUUGGAAGCUGCCCAGAGUGGCUGGGGCAACCCAGUAAGAUGCGUGGGGUAUAAACAGUAAAAUUAUCAUUAUGGAAUGGGAUGUCCUGAUUUUCAUCAGAGAAAUGUUGGAGGGUAUGAGUUAGUUGAGAGUAAAAGGUAACCCACUGGGGAUCAAAUACGGUGAAACUGUCCAGAAAUUACACACAGUGCAAGAGCGACUUCAAAUCUCCACCAACUUCCAAGAGUUACUUCACACAUUUAACCACAGAGGUGUGGCACUUUACGCUGGGGGCCAAAUGGCCCACUGGCUCUUUCUAUCUGGCCUGCAGGCCUUUCCCGAGGCCACAUUCCUCAUCACCCCUCUUUACCUGGCUAGCGUAUAUCCUGAAACACUGGUGAUUUUUCCUUGCAUGCUUGGAUCAAGAAUCGAGAGUGUGUGUGCACACAUAUGCACAUACACAUGUGUAGAAACUAGCCUACUGAACAAAGGCAAAAGUUAUAUUCAUUGCUCUACCCACUUUUGGCUUUGGUCUUGCCCACCACUGGCAUGUGGUCCCAGAAGGUUACCCCGAUGGGAAAGUAGUGCUUGGCUUGAAAAUGUCCCCUACCCCAGUGAUAAGAUAUACACUGGCUUGGCUAACAACCUUUAUAGGCAAUGCCUGUUGAGGUAGGUGCAGGUAGAUUUUUAGCUGUGGCUGUUUUGUGAUUGUUUGUUGUUGGGUAAUCAAUGCGAGAAGCAAAUAAAUAGAAAAUCUAUCCCUGGCAUACAAGUUGCCCUCUCCCCAGGAAGUCACCAGAGAAGCACUAGCUUGCAAAGCAGACAGAAGGAAUCCUAUUGCAACCGAGAUGCAGGAGGGGAUCCUAUGCAGCUUCUCCUCCUGCCAAAAAACAGCCACCACUGCUGGGACUCUUAAGCUGGCCAGUUUACACCAUCAGCAGUUCCAAGCCCCAACACUUUCCCUGGGCUCAAGAGCAGCCCAAAAUGAAAUAAAGAAAUCUCCAUCCUCUCUGAGAUUCCUCUCACCCUCAACAAAUUAUUCCCCCUUCAAAUAAUUAUCUUGCCCUGCUACAAGCUUCACCUUCCUUGAAGAUUCCCCUGAAUAAUUUCUAUUUUGAUUAACUCCCCCCACACACCCUAGACAGAUUUGUGGAGCAGAAGGCUACUGAUGACUGCUAGCCACAAUGGCUAUGCUCAGCCCCCAUAUUCAGAGGGAGUAAUGCUUCUGAAUACCAGUUGCUGGAACCUGCAGGAGGGGAGAGGGCUGUUGUGGUCGGGCCCUGCUUGUGGACUUCCCUCAAAAAUCUGGUUGGCCUCUGUGAAAAUAGGAUGAUGGACUGGAUGGGCCAUUGGCCUGAUCCAGGAAAGCUCUUAACAAGUUAUUAUGGAGGGCCACAGGUUCCCCAUCCUUGGAGAACAAGAUGGAACCCUGCAUGUGAUAGUCCCUGCUUGUGGCCUAUACCUUAGCAAAAUUAUUUCUCCCACUAGACCUGCAUUUUUUAAAUAUUUUAUUACAGGGUAUGCAUUUUUAAGCUGCCACAAAAGCAGCAACUUCCUUUGCUAACUAAUUCUGGUUCGGUGUCAUCCCAAGUUCUUGAGUCACUUGGUUUUUUCCACUCUCACCCACUCACUCUGGGUUUUUUGCACAUCUACACACAGGGGUGCCAACUUGAAUAAAAUAUUGAGGGGGGGAGAUAAGCCCCGCCUCACAUAAUCAGUCACAUGAUACAGUGCAUGCACACCAUUUGAAUGGCAAUGCCCAUCAACCUGGGGGGUUGACCCCAUCAAUAUUUUAUUGGGAGGCCAAAGCCCCCUCGUGCCCUAGGAGUUAGCUCCUAUGUCUCUACCUUAUUGAUUGUUUCUCCCACAACAGCUGGUCCCCUUUUUCUUCACUGCUGGCCAAAUGCAUCUUUCUCUGAAGGAUGCUGUUCUGUUAGCAUAGCCAAUAAGCUCUCACUCUCUGCAUCCGGGUUGAGCUGCUCUGUUCUGUGAUUUGUGGCUUGCUCUCUCUCUCUAUCAGCAGCGAAAGAAACUGCAUAGUCAUCGGUCAUUUGCAAGCCUUAUUUCCUUUUUCUUUACAUCUUUGCUUCCUGUGUGAUGACAUCUUUCACUUAAAGUGGCAGGCAUCGUCCUGGCACCCAGGCUGUCUCAGAGGUCCAGAGAGGGCAGGGCACUGCUACUUUGGGCCAUAAUACCGUAAAAAGAUGAUACUUUAAAACAAAAUAAAACGGAAGGAAGGAAGGAAGGAAGGAAGGAAGGGUUUUUUUUCUGUAAUCAGCUGGUCUGGACACGUUCAUCAUGGCCUAAUCUUGUUGUCGGACUCCCAUCAGCCCCAGCCAGCAUGUCCCAGUGGUCAGGGUUGAUCACAGUUGGUGUCCAACAGCGUUUGGAAGGCACUACAUUAGCUACCUCAGGGUUGCUGGGUCUGAGCUGCCAUUUAAAUGUCCCACAAUGCCGUCAAGCAAUGCAAGGAGAAUUGUAAGAAAUUAAAAUGGCAGGGCAGGUUCAGCUACCCGGUGUGGCAAGUGUGGGCCCUGGAUUCUGGGGUCCUGUUAACUUCCCAGUAGAGUUGCAUGUAGACCCCAGAGUCUGUGUGCUCUUCCCUUGAAGAGCAGAAAACAGUAGCCCUGAAAUCUCAAGAUUCCCGGGUACUUUUUGUAAAUAAAGUGCCAGGGAGCAAAUGAUAAUGAUGGAUUGGCACCUACCCACUAAUGAUAGUGACAAGGGGGCAGGGAAUCAGUUCAGUUGGGAAUUUUUUUUUUUUAAGAUAUUUAUUAGAGUUUAAGAGUUAC